AUGGGAAUUAGGCUGAGUUUCCUCGAGGCCGGUAAUUUCUCUUGUCUCGAGCUUUAUAAUUUUUUGCAUCUGCUUUGUGUCUCCACAAUCUUCCGUUUUUCAUUCCCAAAUCGCUUAAUUGUGGUCACUUUGUUCGACGCCCUGCCAUCUCGUAAAUCAUAUUUCCCAAGACGGUAUAGUAAUUGGUCCUUCAUAUUCCAUCUGCACAACGUCAAGGCGGCCAUUACCAACUCCGAUCUAGAGGUUUUUGCAGUCUCAAUUCAUUUUUCGGCAAAGUACCCAGUCAUAUUGUCCUCUGCUUUGGUCAGUUGUUUCCCCGAAGAUUUAGGCGACAAGUUGAGUGCUCUGACAAAAUUUAACCAACGUAUCGAUAACUAUUUGAUUGCAGUGAAAAAAGAAACUUCUAAUCAUUGCUCGUAUCAUUGGGAUCUGUUUGGCUAUAUUCGGAAACUACUUUGUGUAUUGUUUAUCAUACACCUUCAUCGAGUAUUUCGUUAA